AUAUUAGAAUACUACAAAAAAAAAAUGAGUGAAUCAUUUUCAGAUAGAGGAAAUUUAUAUCAACAUAUCAAUGGAAAAUCUCAAAAAGUAAACGUUUACGAGAGCGUUGAUUCAUUCGUCUUCUUUAUGAAUACUCUAAAAAAUCAACUUAAGUCUAUACGUCGUCAAUUUAAAAUUUUGUAUUUCAAUUAUCUUAUGAAACUUGAACAAAGUCAAGAAGGUGAUAAAUUUAAAUCAUUUGAUAAAGUUGAUAAUCUCUAUAAAAAAGUUAAUAAAAAAUUUUACAAUUUUAUGAAAGCAUUUGUGAAAGAUUACGCCGACGUAUUGAACACAGCAAUUGAACUGAGUACAUUGGAACAUAAAUAUUAUAAACUAGUUAGAGAAUAUAACGCGUCCAUUGGUAAUUUAGAUAAUAAUCAAUUAAAUGAUUUAAAAAAUCAACUAGAUGUUGUAAUUAAUCGAUACCAUACUUUAGCCAAUUCUUAUACCCAGUAUGUACUAAACGUUUGGACUAUACUCAUGUAUUAUUUGCAGAGAAAUAUUUUGUUUUAUUUAUCGAUAUCGGGAAAAAAAUUUGUGUUGAAAAUCGACGACAAAUUACGUCAAUUUAAACGUUUAAUUGGAACUGAUGGUAUAGGAAGAAAAUUACGUCAUAUUUACAAUAACUUCAAUCUUGUAUUACGCAAUGAUAUUCCUCGAUUAAUUGACGCCAGUAAUAUAUUACCAAUAACUCCAUUAACGCCAUUAGGUGGCGCUUCUAAUCAACAACCAGUGCCAUCUAGUGCUGAUGAUUUGAACGAUGAACGAAGAUCGGCAAAACGCGAAGCAAGUGGGGAUUCAGUAACUGAGAGCAGAAUCGAAUAAAAAAUCGCAACGAAAACUAUCAA